UCUUUAAUCAUUCAGAAAAAUUACGAGCUCUAUCAUUUAACCUAAACCCAAACGAGGCAGUGAUAUCCAGUCCAGAAUAUUAUUUCCGAAAUCCAAUCGACAUGAUUAAAACGCUCAUGCUGCCCAUAACACGGCCCAAAAAGAAAGAAGAUCGGACGGCCAUAAGGACCAUGAUGCAAGUUUAAUAAGGUUCCAGGAUCUAAUUGUAACUAACCCCACCGGAAGCCAACUUGACAGAAAAUCCCAUCCAAAGCCAAUCAAUCGAAACUCGGAGGAAUGGAAACGGCAAUGGCGAUGCCGGCAGCAGCAGCUAGCGGUACUGCGACUGCCACGGCGACCAAGCUGAACCUGUCUUCUCCACUCUCCCUCCAACACUAUUCCUUCACACUGAUUCGCCAUAGCCACCAACGCCAAUGGCCAUCCACCAGAAUAACCACGAGAACAAGACUACAGGUGCGCUCCUCUCUCCAGGAACUUCCGGUCCUAAUUUCGUCGCCGCCAACACCAGACCUUACUUCCGCCUACUUGCUGGCGGAAGGCGCUACCUACUCCUUGGCUAGCUACUAUACUUCCCUCGGUCUAUUCGUCAUCUCUCUUCCUGGUCUCUGGUCGCUCAUCAAGCGCUCUGUUAAAUCCAAGGUUGUGCAGAAGACAUUUAUACGGCAAGAAGAAGGCCAGAAGAAAGCUCCACCCAACCAAGUCGCCGGAGAGAUAUUAUCCUUCUUCACUCGCAACAAUUUUGCAGUGGCCGAUAGAGGAGAGACAAUCACGUUCGAAGGCAUGAUGGUUCCCAGCAGAGGGCAAGCUGCAUUACUCACCUUCUGCACUAGCAUUAGCCUAGCCAGCGUCGCCUUAGUCCUCACCAUCACUUAUCCCGACAUCGGCAAUAACUGGUUCUAUAUCACCAUCUUCAGUCCUCUGGCGGGAGCAUACUACUGGAGCAAAGCAUCUAGGAAGGAGCAGAUCAAGGUUAAGAUGAUAGUUGCAGAAGAUGGCACCUUGCAAGAGGUUGUUGUUCAAGGAGAUGAUCAGCAGGUUGAGCAGAUGAGGAAGGAACUGCAGCUGAAUGAGAAAGGCAUGAUCUAUGUAAAGGGCAUCUUUGAGAAAUGAUCAUCCUUAGUAUUAUUCACCUGUAAUCAUCACAUUCAUGAAGCAAAGCAACUCUCACAAGUAUCUAUUUCCACAGCAUUCAAUCUCAGUGGUGAAUAUGAUUAUUGAUCAGCAAUUCGAGGUGCAUUUGAACAAGAUUAUACAGGUUCCAAAAGAAAAGAAAAUUUAUUCAGAAGCAGAAAAGAUAAACACUUGCAGAGUCCAUGCUAGAUAUACAUCUGUGGACAUUCCGGAAAUGGAAACGUUCAACCAAUAAUAAAAAAAGCAAUGUCUGCCACGAACUCUUCGGCAUUAUCUAGACCAAAAUUCGAUGAAAGUAACACGAAUAACUUGAGGAUCGAGUGUGUAGCCUCGAGAAACACACUCGAGAGAACUCAGCCAAUCAGCAACUUAUUCUCUUCCAAAAAGGAAUAGGUAGGCACCUCCAAGUUGUAAGGUGCUGGGCCCUUCCGAAUCCUACCAGAGAUGUCGUAGUGAGAUCCAUGGCAUGGGCAAAACCAUCCACCAAAAUCACCAGCAUUGGGCAAAGGGAUGCAGCCCAAAUGCGUGCACACCCCAAUAACAAUCAGCCAUUCUGGGUUCUUCACCCUGGCCUCAUCUGGCUGUGGGUCUCGGAGAGAUGCCAACUCGACACUGUUUGCCAGUUUGAUGUCAUCUUCCGUUCGCCUCCUAAUGAAAACUGGCUUCCCGCGCCACUUCACAGUCACAGUGGUCCCUGGUUCGAUGCUGGAGAGGUCAACCUCAAGAGAGGCAAGGGCCAGAACAUCCUUACUGGCCGACAUACUGAGGACGAAUUUGAGGAUGAGGAGACGGAUGAGGGAAGCAUACACAAAUCGACCGCCAGAGAGAACAAAGUAAGCGAAAGCUCGUUUGCUAGGGUCACCAGGUGGCAGGCGCUCGUGGUUGUACUCAUCAUAGACUAUCUUAGGUGAGGGAUUCUUGAGAGCAUGCACAGUUGCUAAGGUGCCAGGAGCAAUGCCUUCCUCGUCUACUGAGGCAAGUGAUCCAGAAGCAAAACCUGACAGGGACAUGGAAGGGGAAGUAAAAGCUGAAGAAGCGGUCGGCCUUGACCUCGUCGGCGGAAGGCGACGAAUCCGCAGAAACCCGGUUAAUGGGAUUCUGCGUCCCGAUCGCAGAGAGAGCAUGGUUGGGCCUCAACGACGGGGAGGAGAGAGAUGUAAGACGCCGUAAUCCAAUUCUCAACAUCGUCUUCUUCUCUCCUUCGCUAUUCGGUAGUUACCUUAUUGCUUACACCCAAAAAUCCGGAAAACACUUCUUCGCCGGAGGGGGCCGCUAAUCUCGAUGAGGAUUUCGAUUGAAUUGAAUUGCUCUUCCUGCUGUUUGGCCUACAGCUCUUCGCUCUGUAAAAGCUUUCGGGAAUUUCUUUUGUUUUGACGAGCGUGGGAUCGUGGGCUCUGGAUUUUGCCGCGUCAUCGAGCAC